GCUCAUGCUGUUCUAUGCUCUCUACUAUUAGAUUCAUGCGUCGAGUCGAUCUCACACUGCCUGAUACUAUUUUACGUACACGCCCACGCUGCAUCACCUCCGGAUGACUUAAUUUUCUGCGCUGGUCGCCCCGUCGCUAGCCUGCUUACGCUCCUCUCUUUCACAAAAAUUAUCCAUUAUCCAUUAUUCUGAUGACUGCAGCGCACUCUCCAUCCUGAAGCAGUUGCCCCUCUUCCCUACCACCGGACGAAAACCCGACGCAGUCUGCGUCUCGGCCAGUCUCAGGCUCUUACCACGAAACUCACCCAGUCCUUCGAUCCUGAUUCAGAAUGAUGCUUCCCCACAUCGAUCGCCGCGCAGGACCCGGGAGCCUCUGUGUGCGAUUCGCGUUAUUAGCAUUAGUAUUAGUGUCAGCCUCCGCCACCCUCAAUGCCACUCCCUCCAACGACUCUCUCCCGUAUGGGAACCGCACUUUUCAAUUGAGAAACACGCAACACUCCUAUCCGACCCAGAUCAAUCUCGCGCCGUUGACCGCGUCACUGGCCACUUCGAGCUCUGGCGACUACGAGCGAUUCCAAAUCGGAGGAACCUUAAUCCACACGACAACGUCCAACACUGCGUCUAUUAACGCGCAGGAUAUUGCUUUAAUUAGCUGCGACCCCUUUGAAUAUUCCGGGUAUCUCAAUGUUACGCAGACGUUGUCUUCUGCCAUUUUAGUGUCUGGUGGCCCCGUUGCGGUGGUCUUGUAUACGUCACAGUCCGACCACUGCACAUACACCCCCGACGACUCAACCGCCGGCUUCUCCCCUGUUUUCUCAAUUAUUCACGCAUCGGCAUCUCAGGUCGUCCUAAAUCAGCUUGCCACCAAUCCCAGCGACACUCCCAACGGAAUCUUUGGCAGCAUGGCGACAAGCAGUAGUGGUGCUGGGUUCGGCGGCAAUAGCUCCGACUCGGGCCCAGGCUCGUCAGGUCUUGCAGUUGCAUCGCCUACCACGGCGGUAGCGAUGAUUAUCCUGUACACAAUUACAGGCAUCAUCACUGCGCUGUUCCUGGGGAUUAUUAUCACUGGAGCAGUACGUGCCCAUCGACACCCAGAACGCUAUGGGCCUAGAAAUAUUGUUGGGCGGCCUCGGCAAAGUCGAGCGCGAGGCAUAGCAAGAGCAAUGCUCGAGACUAUUCCCAUUGUCAAGUUUGGAGACUCCAAUGGGACCCAAGUGGACGCCGCUAAGCGGGAUGUCGAGAUGGCCUCCCGUAAUGACGAGAUGGCCUCCCGUAACGAGGAGGAUGGAGUGACUGGAGCGAAUGCUCCACCAACACAGGAUGAAAGCAACCCCGAUCAUUCGGCUGCUGAUGAGCAGUCGCGGGAGAAUGCAGCUGAAGGACAGGGGCACAGUCAUGAAACUGCGCCGGCUGCCGUAGAACCGGCACCGGCAGUGAGCCCCGAGGUGGCCCAUGGCGAACCCGGAAACAAUGUGUGCCCGAUUUGCACCGAUGAGUUUGUCAAAGGCCAAGACGUGAGAGUCUUGCCUUGUAAUCACCAGUUCCAUCCGGAAUGCAUCGAUCCGUGGUUGAUCAACGUGUCGGGAACCUGCCCUCUGUGUCGAAUCGACCUGCACCCGGCUGCAGAAGAAGGAGCCUCGCCAGGCGAUGAAUUGCCUCAAGAGCAACGAGAAGAUGCGACAGCAGAACCGACUCCAGAAGAGUCUACCACCGCCAAUCGACCAGGGGCUGGCUCCGCUCAACACCGCAGAUUCACGACAUACCUGUCGGAUAUUCGCCGCACUCGUAACGCGCCCGUGGAAGAGCGCCUUGCUGCUCUUCGUCGUUACCGUCAGACGAAUGAGCAGCAAGCAAAUGCCACCGAAGAAGUGGCCGAGGAGACUCAAGGACGCCGUGGACUGACGAUGCGUCUGCGGGAACGAUUCCGUAUCCGCACGCGACCACACGAACCGGGCACUGCCACGCCAGAGCCUUCCUCUUCAUGAUUUAUUGCUCUUUAUUCUUUUUGUUUAUAAAAUGUAUGCGAUUCCUGCUGGGACCGGGAACGCUAGCUGGCGGCGCUGUACAUUGGUCAAUAGCAUAUUUGUUUAUAUGGGACUGGGGAUAAAAAAGGCUGGAUUUGUCUUCGUCUUUUUCCAUUGAUGAGUUGGCGUUGCGAGCAUGGUUAUGUAUUGCAUUGUACAUGAGCUAGAGGUACAUACUAUCCUCAUUUUUUUUUUCCA